CAACUCUCCCAUUCGUCCCUCUCCCUUUCAUUUCCCCCUUCUUCACUAUGGAGAAGUGCAGAUCCUUCCCGGCGUCCUCCUCCUCCGCCUACUCCUCCUUCUCCUCCUCGCCCUCCGACGGAGGAGGGUUUGGGUACGACAACCGGUCCAAAUCCUACAGCUUCAACGGACCUAGCGGGGCGACUGAUCCCGAGCAAAAGCGCAAGCGCCGCAUCGCGUCGUACAACUCCUUCGCCAUGGAGCGCAAGCUCAAGUCCUCCCUCUCCAGCAGCUUCAAGUGGAUCAAGAACAAGUUCUCCGACGCCAUCCACGACCUCUAGGAUCCCUCAUCACUGUAUACGUGUGCGGAUCGCUAGCUUUUGUUUCUUAGGGAUUUGGGUUGUUCUGUUUCCGAUCGAUGAAUUACUUACUUCCUGAUUGAUUCAAAGGCGGACAAAUCAUCAGGUUGGUGUUUGUAAAUUAGUAUUGAAUCCGUCGGUGCUUUGAUCUA